AUGUCAUAUGGAGAUGAAUUAGAUGAUGGACUGGAAUAUGAGGUUGGUUCUAUAGCUAGUGAUGUUGAAGGAUCGAUUGACGAGACUGACGAACAUUUAUCGUCUAAGUCAAACGAUAAUAAGAGGUCACAGGAAUCAGAUAAUGAAGCCGAUAAAUCCUUGGAGCAUAUGAGUAAAAGGCAGAAGAAAUUGGCCAAAUCAGCAUUUCAUAAGAAAAAAAUGGAAAAGAUGGAAUUUGAGAAAGAACAAAAGAGAAGCGUUCCUCGUAAAGCUCCAGAAGAAAUACAAGAAUAUCUGACUAGAUUAAUUAGAGAGAAAAACCCUAAUCUCAGUGUUCUAGAAGAAGAACUAUACUUUAAGAAGACUGACUUUAUUUCUACCCAAAGCUUCGAUAAAGAACGUAAUUUGUCUUCUUUUGAAAGUUUUGUUAACGGAUAUAGCAAGUCACCAAAGGCACUUAUAUUUGCUCAAUCGAACAUUAGAGUAGCUGAUAUUUUCAGGAGUUUGGGUGGUGCUAAAUGCUGUAUAAAGUUAUUUUCGAAAACUAAGUUGCAUGAUGAUGUCGCAAACGUUGAGGAGUUGUUACAGAGUUCGAAACCCGGUACUAAACAAUCAGACUCUGUUAAAAAUAAGAACAAAAAGGAUAAGCAACCAGAAAGUAAAAAAGAUAUAAAGUAUUUUAUAUCUACUCCAACCAGAAUGGCGAAGAUAGUUGAAAAUACAGAAGCAUUUUUCCAGGGUAAAGAGAAAUUGGACAUUAUUAUUGAUGCUUCCUACCUAGAUCCCAAAACCAACUCCAUAUUCACUUCUGAAGAUGGCAUGACAUUAGUACGGGUAUUGAAAAAAUUCCUGUCGAAGAAAAGUUCUGUCAAGAUCUUGUUGUAUUGA